AUGGCCGGUGAAAGUGCUGUAUCCACAGUUGCAAAGCCUUUAAUGCGAGGCCUCCUGAACAAUGCUAUUAAGAGAAAUCUGAUCGUUGCUCUGACCCUUGCUGGUUUAUCUGGACUUACCUUCCAGCAGCUUGUUGCCAGUGAGCGGAAGAGGAAGUACGCUGAAUUCUACAGGACAUAUGACGCUGAGAAGGAAUUUGAAGAAAUGAAGGCUAAGGGUCUGUUCCAGUCCUGUUAG